CAUCAUCAGCGCGCGCCAAAUUCAACAUGGCGGCCGUUGUUUAGUUGUUUUUAAUCUGCGGUUCCGAAUCCCAAACCCAAAACCAUUGAAUCCGACAGUCUUUCUCGUCUUCAUCCACCAUGAGCGAUGAGAAGGAACCCGAGGGCCGUAAUUUCUUCAUGGGUUAUGAUGAUCUGAGCGACAGCAGCAGUGACUCGGACAGUCAUGAGUCCAGUAAGAAGAGCCGCAUCGAGCCGGAACCGUCCGGAUCCUCGAACCCGCAGAGCCGCAAGCGAGCCGCCGAGCCGCUGCCGAACCCCGACGACCUGUUCCGGUCCGUCAGCAAACCCGCGUUCCUCUACAACCCGCUCAAUAAACUCAUCGACUGGGACAGGAGAACCGUCAAAGCGCCGGAAGAGCCGGUGAAGGAGUUCAAGCUGUGGAAGAACAGCGCGGUUCCCCCGCCGCACUCGUACGAGACGGAGGAGAAGAAGAAAGCUCCCGCCGGGAUGGACAUGGCCAUUAAAUGGUCAAAUGUUUACGAGGACAACGGAGACGACGCCCCUAAAGCCCCCGGAGGCCCCGCCCACUUCCUGCCCGAGGGGGAGGAGCCACAGGAGCCCGACUCUGAUGACGAUGACGCGCUGAAGAAAUCUGCUAAGAAACGUCACGUUGAAACAUUCCAGCAGAAGGAGAAGAGAAAGCGUGACAUCGGUCAGGCCACGUCAGACAAGAACUUCGUGGAGGAGGAGAAGCGGAUCCUGCGCCAGUCUGCGGACUGAAGCGUGUGUGUGUGUGUGUGUGUGUGUGUGUGUGUGUGUGUGUGUGUUAGUUUAUUUCACCAUUUACCUGUCAGGAAUCAGCCUCUGGAUGAAGCGAGUCCGGGACAUUUUAAAGGUGUACAUCCAACAUCAUGUCCAUGUGUGUGUGAAAGGAG